CAACGUGAACAAAGUGAUACGAUCAAACAACUCAUGGAUGAAAUGCAAUGGUGUCCUCCCGUCGAGUGUUUCGAUAUUUUCUUAUACUAUUCUUAAUUGCUUUAAUUUCAUUUGUUCUCAUAGGAUUCCAGUUUCUGUCAGAAGAUGAAGACAAGGAAAUGGAUGAUGAUUACAUUGAUUAUGGAGAGGAACCUCGUAUACCUCUACAUGAUGAAAUGGAAUUAUUAGCUCUAAAACCAGAUAAAAUUAAUCAACCUAUUAUAUUAUGGUGGACACCAUUUACUGGAGAAAAGGGAAGAUAUAAAACUUGCGGAGAUAAUAAAUGUUUUUUCUCUGUAAACAGACAUCUUAAAGAUCAUCCUAAAACUCAGGUGUUUAUGUUCUAUGGCUCGGAUAUGAAAAUGGACGAUCUUCCGUUACCUAGACUACCUCAUCAUGAAUGGGCCUUGUUUCAUGAAGAAUCUCCAAAAAAUAGUUAUUAUUUUUCUCAUGCAGACGUCAUGACCAUGUUUAACCAUACAUGUACAUUUCGUCGCGAAUCUGAUUACCCAAUCACAACUCAGUAUCUGAUUAGCUUAGAUUGGUUACAGAGUAUGAAAUACGUUGUUCCCGUGAAAGAGAAGAAUGAAUGGCAGGCCGAGUUAGGAUCGAUAAUAUAUACUCAUUCAGAUUGUGAUCCACCAUCGGACAGAGACAGUUACGUUAAAAUACUCAUGGAUUUAGUUCAGGUGGAUGCCUAUGGAAAGUGUUUACACAAUAAAAAUAUUCCAGAUCACCUAAGUGACCCCAUCAAAGGUAUGGAUCAUGUCGACUUUUACAAAUUAGUAGCGAAAUAUAAGUUUUCAUUGGCGAUGGAGAAUGGUGUGUGUCCAGAUUAUGUAACAGAAAAGCUAUGGAGACCAUUAAUGGUGGGAUCUGUACCUAUAGUGUAUGGUUCUCCAACCGUCAGGGAUCUCUUGCCAUCAAAUCAUUCAGCAAUUAUUAUAAAUGACUUUAAAUCUGUAAAGGAAUUGGCAGCUUACCUAAAAUACCUCGAUAAUAACGACGACGAAUACAAUAAAUAUUUAGAAUGGAAAAAAACUGGAGUAACGAACCCAAUAUUAUUAAAAAUUCUGAAAAACAGAGAAUGGUCCAUCGAUAGUGGGGGUAGUUGGUCUCCAACAGCCAUCAACUUCAUCGAUGGAUUUGAGUGCUUUGUUUGUAAAAGAGUGCACGAAAAUAUUCAACGCAAAAAACGGGGAAGACGACAGAAAAAUCAUAUGGCUACCUUUGAACAUUACGGCUGCCCUAAGCCGACCAAGUUUAGUUUUGAUGGUAAUAAACAGAUUGACGAUAUGAAUUGGCAGUCUGAAUGGGAAUUACACGGUAAAAUGGCCAAAACACUCAGACAUUUUAUAGACCAUAAUAUUAAAUAUGAUGUAAAGUCCAUCCUUGAGGAAUCGUUUAAAGAAAUGCAUUAACUGAUGUUUAGGGCAUACAAAAAAAAUAUUCUGGUUCUUACACAAUCCUUCCCAAAAAUCUGAUUAAAACACAGAUCCUAUUUCGUUUUGUUUUUUAUUGUUCAAAAUUUCAUUUAAAGUUACAAUUUCAUAUUUUCUAAGAAAGUCAAAACAUAAUUAUUUUUAUGUCUUUUGCUCAAUAGGUUGUCAACUCACUAUUAUACGAACAUAGGUGUCAUUCUCACACUUAAAACUCAUUUACCCCGGAAAUAAUAACACAAUUACCUCCCUUGUUUUCUAUUCUCCACCAUGGAGUAGUUACCUUCAAACGUUUGAAUUUGAAGAUGAAAUUUCUCAACUGGCAAUAGUGAAUUAUUUUAGGAUUAAUAGGAUUAUUCUUUAACAAGGUAGGACUGUUUAUAGAUACCAUCUAUUUUAAGGCUUUAUUUUAAUAAAUUUUAAAAAUAUAACUUAAAAAUAUGAAAUUGCAACUUUAACUUGUCUUCACAACACUAGGAUCUGGAAGAGUUGUGUUCCCGUGUUCGGUUGAAGUGAGGGAUUAGCCAAUGAAACGAUGUAUUACGGAAUGAAAACUUCUUGUCGUGCGAUGCACGGAACUGUUGGUAAACCACUAGAAACGUCAACGCUGAUUGAUUAAUCAAUGUCCGACGUCAUAGGGUUAAAAGCUGUUCGUACGACCCCUGACAUGACCUUCCACUACAACAGUUCAGAUCUUCAUGUAGUGUAGGCCAUCGAAAGUAUAAAAAAAACGAAACAAAAUAUAGAUCUGUAUUUUAAUCAGAUUUAUGGGAGAUUUUUAUAUUUGUGUUUUUAUUUUGUCAUAGGAUCAAGUCACUACUGGGCUAAAUAAAUUCUCAGACCACAUUUCAAGGUCCUCCUAAAUUUAUCUCAUCAUGUGGUUUAUACAGUGCUAGGACUAUCUAGGAAAAAGUGCUAAAUUUUGGAUGUUUGGGUUUGGUCCGGUUCACUGAUUUUAAUUGCUUGGUAUGCUGAUCUAAACAACAUGUCCGUCUUGAGUAGUGUUGCCCUAAUAUAAAUUACAUAAGCGUUGACAACUAUUAACCUGCCAGUGGGAGUAUCAAAUAACUUAACAUUUUAAUUUCUAAAAUAAAAAUCUCAUUUCAUAUAAAGUCUUUGAUAUCAGUUGUUUAGUCUUCCAAAAACCAAGUUUUAUCAUGCUGAGCUAUUUUUGUACGCCCAUAUUUUCAAGUGGACGUGUAUUGAGUCGCCCCUGUCAGCCCACAAUUUAUUUGUGGACACGCGGUUCCUUUUGAUAUUGACAUUUUAUCCAAUAUUAAAAGCUGUUCUAACACAUCACCAUUCCACCCUUAUGAUGGUUGAGUUCGAAUUUCAUGAAAAUCGGAUUGAAACUGCCCGCUCCUCGUUCGCAAAUAGUAUAAAAGUAUAUAAUACCAAGGUUGUGGACACUGUAGAAGUCACAAUUUUUUUUAUCCGAUUUUGAUCAAACUUAAAAUAUAUGUCUAUAUUCCACGGAUUUUUGUUUCUUUCCAUAUUCGCACAUAUCGGUCCGUAACCUCCUAGAUUAUGGACCCCGGGUGUACCAAAAAUUACAGUUUAUACCCGAUUUUAAAAACCGUUUAAAUAUACACCGUUACACCCUGGGUUUGAAUUUUGUGAUAAUCGGAUCGAAGGCUGUGGUCCCUCUAACGAUUUGUAUCCGGUUUUGAAAAAAACUUAAUAUUAUAUGUUUAUGUAUCAAAGAUCUCGGUUUGAUGUUCGCAUAUAUCGGGCCUAACUUCUUGCCUUGUGGCCCCUAUUGUACGAGAAAUUGUAAGAAUAAUACUACGAGUUCUUGAUGUGUAAAUUUCCACAUCAAUAACUCUGUGGUGACAGAAAUGAAAUGAAAUGAAAUGGAGUUUUAACGUCCUACUGUUCUGCUCCUAACCUGGGCUAAUGAAGACGGGCAUACGCCAUACAGUGUGCUAUAAGGGAAAUUUUGCCCGGACAGCGGCACUACGGCCUACUCUGCCAAGGGAUCUUUUACGUGCACGCCAAUGUGUACACGGGACCUCGGUUUUUCAUCCCAUCCGAACGACUAGACAGCUUUCCUUGUCAGCCCCUCCGUCCUGCAUCACUGACAAGGGAGAACCACGCCGGAAAAUCGGGAUGAACUUUCUCGGCCAAUGCAGGGAUCGAACACCCGACCUCCAGGCUAGCAAGCUAGCGUCUUACCCACUUAGCCACGUGAUCCCCCUGUGGUGACAGAGAAUAUAAGUAAUAUUGUUAUAAUACAUUAUUAAAGGUGUACUGUUUUGUUGACAUUGACAAUAAAUUCGCGUUAACAAAAUAGUUUAUAAAGUCUAAUAUUGAUGGCGAUAUUAGCGACCUUUGAUUUUGGCUUGCUGUCGUACUGUUGUCUUUUCGCCUCAGAAGUUGAUGUAGUCUCUACUUUCAAGGUCACUUUUCGACUUUCGUGUUUUGAAGGGGCGAAAAGUAGAAAUUAUAAAUGGUAGUUAUAGGCUUCCAUAAGAUUGUAAGACAAAAUAAACAUUUUACCAUCGGUUCACGAAUGCCUUUAAGUGCCAUUUAUAACAAGGGACUAGAAGGACGGGGCUAGAUAUAUUCCACAAGUAACUCAAACGGUUACGUCAUAUUCCUAUCUGGAGAGCAUGCGCAAUAAAUACUAAAUCAGUUUAUGUACAUUCAUAUUACAUUAUUAUUUGUGUUGCAAACCAUUUGUGUCAAUUUCUAGGUCCUAAAUAUUAGCGAGUUAGCUCUUUUAAAUAACAAAUACAUGUAGAUUGUUUUGGGGUGACCUUUUCCCUGUAUGUAAAUAAUCAGUAAAUGUUCAUAUUUUUGCACCAAAAUAGAUAAUUUUGGAUCAAAUUUUCUUUUACUGAUAAUUGAUAAGUUCGUAAAUAGUAUUGUACGAUGGAUCAAUAGGCCAUUAAUAUUUCGAUAUUGGCCCCUUUCUAUAGAAAUCAAUAUAUAAUUGGCAAGAGUUAUACAAUCGUAAUGUGCUCAACAACCCUUGUUUUACUUAUGAAUAUUUAUCUCCCCAAGAAAAAGUUCCAAAAUCAUUUAAUUGGUUAACAUCAAAUUGGUCAAUAUCAAAGUAUAUGAGUAAAAUAAUGUAAGAUAUUUUAUACCCUGGCUUAGACAAGCUGCUGUAGAUAUUACAUCAAAUUAAUAAGCUUAUUAUUACAUUAUGUAAUAUUUGAAUCAAUUUUUUUUAAUUUUAUUAAAUUGUUAUUAAAUUUGUUUAUUUCUGUGUUUAAUUUGAUUAGUUUUUCUUAUUCUCUUAUUCAAAUUUCAUAGAAUCUGAUUCCAAACCCAUCUAGCUUUAGUGUUACAUUCUAAAUAUAGAGUAGUGUAAUAUGACACUUAUACAAUACACCAUCUGAAUAGAUAAUAAUUGGGCUACAAUUUAUUGUCUUUGAGAGGUUAAUGACAGGAUUCUCUUCAACAAAUCUUUGAGGUCACAUUCCCAAACUUGAAGAAAUCUGGCUGAUUUCUAGUUGGUCUUAAGACUGUAUAAGAAUGUAUGAUUAUCCAAUAUCAUUUAUAGGAAUGUUUGAUUAUCCAGUAUCAUUUAUAGGAAUGUUUGAUUAUCCAGUAUCAUUUAUAGGAAUGUAUGAUU